AUGGAGCGGCGGCGCCUGUCUCACUGUGACGAUGGCGCGCUGCCUGACCAUGCAAAACGACGCAAGACUGGCUUCCACCAGGUUGAGAAUGAGGCCACCCAUGACCGCUAUACAGUUGCCUGGAUAUGUGCAUUACACAUAGAGAUGGCUGCAGCCCGCGCUAUGCUCGACGAGGAGCACGCUGACUGUCCACGGCAAGCUAACGACACGAAUUCUUAUGUCCUGGGGAGCGUCCAAAAUCACAAUGUGGCCAUAGCUUGCUUACCGGCAGCUCAAUACGGACUAAAUAAUGCGGCGAGUGUGCUGAGUCAUAUGAGACGAACAUUCCCCAACAUUGAAAUCGGAUUGAUGGUAGGCAUUGGUGGCGGAGUGCCGCUCAAAGCUGAUAUACGGCUUGGGGACAUUGUUAUUGGAGUGCGAGUCAUGCAGUACGACAUGGGGAAAACACUCAGCGACGGGUUCCAGCGGACAGCAGACCCAAAAAUACCCGACUCUUCCAUCCGAUCGGUCAUCUCGAAUCUGAGAUCUCGACAUGAGCUUCGUGGGAGCCGAGUUCCUUCGAUUUUGAGGGAGAAGAUGGGGAGCUACGCCGCUUAUUCCCGCCCAACCGAGCCGGAUCGUCUCUUUCAGCAGUCUUAUCAUCAUCCGAAUGCGUUCUCAUCUUGUGAGAAUUGUGACUCGUCGAAGUUAGAGGCGAGAAAAGUCAGGCCGUCCACAGACCCGGUCAUUCACUAUGGAAGUAUUGGCUCGGCAAAUACUGUCAUGAAAGACUCGACUGUUCGUGAUGAGAUCGCUCGAGAGCUAGAUGUGCUUUGCUUUGAGAUGGAGGCUGCUGGCCUGAUGGAUAUCAUGUCUUGCCUGCCUAUUCGUGGCAUCUGCGACUAUUCGGACUCUCACAAAUCAAAAGAGUGGCAGAGAUAUGCUGCGGCAACUGCAGCAGCCUAUGCAUAUGAGUUCUUGGAACUAUGGAGAGGAGACUUCCAGCCAUCGUAUGUUGGCCACUAUCAACCGCAUUCUGAGCACAACAUGGUGUCCAAGCGCCACGAAAAGAUACUCAAAUCUUUGAACUUCAAGGAGAUCGAUGUUCGCAAGUCUAUUAUCACAGCCGCGCACUCCAAAACCUGCCGAUGGUUUCUCAAGCAUUCCGAUUACCUUUCAUGGAUAGACCCGCUACAAAUACCAGAACAUCGUGGCUUCUUGUGGAUCAGAGGAAAGCCUGGUGCUGGAAAGUCUACUAUCAUGAAGUUCAUUUACCUGGAGUCGAGGAAAAAGGACCGCAAGCACCAGAGCCUUACCGCUUCCUUCUUCUUUAACGCCCGUGGAGAGAUGUUGGAAAAGGCUGUCUCGGGGAUGUACCGAUCAUUAAUUUUGCAGCUCUUACAUGGAUUUCCAGACCUCGAAUCCGUCUUGGAUGACCCUGAUCUUUUGCCUCGAAACCAAGAUGGUUGCCCUCCAUUGAACGUUCUCAAAGACCUGCUCCGUGCCGCAGUCGCCAAGCUUGGCCAAAGAUCAUUCAGAUGCUUCAUCGAUGCUCUUGACGAAUGCGACGAACAGCAAGUUAUGGACCUAGUUGAGUACUUCGAAGACUUGGCUGAGCAAUGCACUGAAGACAGCAUUGAUCUCCGCGUCUGUUUCUCCAGUCGUCACUACCCCUACAUCGAUAUAAAAUACGGCAUUCGUGUCAUCCUCGAGGAUCAAACGGGACAUGCCAGUGAUCUCCAGAGUUAUAUCAAGUCUAAUCUUCGAAUCAAAGACAGACCACUCCUAGCAGAGCUUCAAGAGAAGAUGCUUGAGAAAGGAGCCGGGGUAUUCCUCUGGGUUGUCCUCGUGGUCGACAUAAUGAACAAAGAGAAUUGCCGAGGGCGCCUUGCUGUGAGGAGACGACUUGAACAGCUGCCUAGUGGCCUGAGCGAUCUGUUCAAGGACCUGCUGAAACGAGACGAUGGCAACAUGGAGGAACUCCAACUGUCUCUUCUUUGGAUCUUACUCAGCCAACGACCAUUAAAGUCAGACGAAUACUAUCACGCGAUCUGGUCAGGGCUGUAUUUGGAGGGACUAGCAGACCCUGAAAUACCCGCAGUGGACACGGAGGACUCCGAGGACUGCUUUGCCCGUUGUGUUAUCAGUUCAUCUAAGGGCUUGGCCGAGAUCACAAAAGUCAAGCAGCCAAGAGUUCAAUUCAUACACGAGUCAGUUCGCGACUUCCUUAUUAAGGACAAGGGUCUUCAGGAGCUAUGGCCGGAACUUGGACCAGAUUGGGAGAGUGCAGGCCAUGAAAGGUUGAAAAUGUGCUGCUAUUCCUACUUCGAACUUUUUAUUGAGAAGCAAAAGCUCAAAACCGAAUAUUGGAGUACUUUCGUGCAUAAGGUUGCAGAGGACACUAAGGCGUACCCUUUCCUUCAAUACGCUAGCCAGUUCGUUCUACAUCACUCUAACUUUGCAGUAAAUGCUGCUGACCAAAAAACAUUCUUGGAAAGCUUCCAGACUUUUGCUUGGAAAGCGGUCAUCAACGCGUUUGAGGAGUUUUGGGGCUAUAGAUAUCGCCUGACUGCUCAGCUGCUAUAUAUACUGGCGGAUAGAGGACAUUCAUUACUCAUUCAGAGCAUACUAAAGAAUGAUGCUGACAUUGACAUCCCAUCAAAAUAUGACAGAUAUGUAUAUCCGCUCAUAGCUGCCAUGGCGAAAGGGGACAAAGCCAGCGUCCUUGCUCUUCUGCGUUUACCCUCCGCGCUCUAUGACGGGAUGGAUAUAACAGAAGGGCUAUCGCCCAACACAAAUACUGUCGGCCUCUGCAGAACCCCACUUUCUUGGGCCUGCGAGAAUGGCCACUUUGGAAUCGCAAGGGUUCUUGUUGAGAGAGAUGCUCAGCCUGUGAAUACGGUUGGAGAGGCAUACUCACUUCUGAUGCUUGCGUCAAAAAAUGGCCACAUCGAUAUAGCGAGAUGGCUGGUUGACCACGGUGCGGACAUUCAUCAAAGAUAUAAGAACGAAAGUGCCAUUUGGCUUGCAUCAAGCAACGGCCAGGCGGAACUGGUUGAGUUCCUGCUCGACGCGGGGGCAGAUCUUGAUACACGUGGCCUUAAAGACACGCCUAUACUCUGUCUAGCUGCCGAAAAAGGCCACGAGAAGGUGGUGAAGCUCCUCUUGAAGAGAAAGGCAAAUGUUGAGGCGAAAGACAAUCGAGGUAGGACACCUCUUCAUCUUGUUGCACGAAAGGAAGGAUCUCGGGCGACAAUAGAAUCACUCCUAAGCUACGGAGCAGAUAUAGAAGCCAGGGAUGAUAUUGGCCGGACACCUCUUCUCUGGGCCGCGGAAAGGGCCUCUAUCACUGAGAUAGGGUUCUUGAUUAGAAAAGGAGCGGAUACAGCGGCUCAAGAUUAUUUAGGUGAAACCUGUAUCCACGGGGCGAUGAACAGACGAAAUGCAGAGCCAAUGACUCUCCGGUUUCUUCUGGAAAAUGGGGCAAAGGCUGAUGCUCGCACCAAAACUGGCCAAACGUGCCUUCAUACCUUCGCACGUUGGGCAGACCACAACUUUUACUUCGGCGGCAUAUUACAGCUAGUCACUAGCUGCGGGGUCGACAUCAAUGGCAACGACAAUGAUGGCGACACACCUUUGCACCUUUUGGCACGAUAUGCGUCCUCGUGGGCUCUGUCAAUGUUCGCUGACCAGCCUGGGGUAGACUUCAAUGCUCGCAAUCGCACAGGCAAGACGCCAUUACACGUUGCUGUUGCGCGUUCUCGUCAGCCGGGAACGGAGGACCUCGCUAUACUAAUAAGGAAAGGAGCGGAUAUUAAUGCUCUGGAUAAUCAUUCAAGGACGCCGCUUGAUAUCGCAAUGGAAAGAGGCAACAAGAAAGCUAUUCAGUUCCUAAUUGACAACGGAUGGAAACAAGGCGCUGCAUAA